UGCCGCUCUCUCUCAAUCCUCUUUGAGAUCGAGCCAUUAAUGAUAAAAAGCCAAGGCGCUCACAACCCCAGCAAGAAGAGGGACAUGUAUUGUUAGUAACGAUAGUAAACAGGAAAGCAGAAAUUCUUCUGGACCUGAUUCACCUGUGGAUUGAAUCUGAGAAUCUUGCUCCUCCUCCCACAAUUGCUUUAGAUGCAACAUACCCGAGCACCAUUUAGUUGAACAGCUUCCUUUGAGCUAUACGUGAUGAAAGCCUUACUUCCUUUUCUAACGACUGCAGCCAAAAGCUUCAUACCAAUACCAGCUUCUUGAAUUUCUGUAUUGGGACAAGAAAUCAAACGGCCUUUGUUAACUGGACAUGAAAUUGGUUAGCUGAGAUUCAGGUCCUGUUAAAGUGAGACAACUUGCCCUGCUUUCCCCAGCGAGGGUAUAAACCAUUACGAUGCCACCACCGUCAGAUAUUGUGAAAGUGGCCAUUGAAUGGCCUGGGGCCUUUCCGAAGUUGAUGGAAAUUGAUCAGAAAAAACCUUUGGCUUCUAUAAUACGGGAGGUCUGUGAUGGUUGGUCUCUAACAAACCCUGAAAACUAUGCUCUGCAGUAUGCAGAUAACACAAACUUUUACAUCACAGAGAAGAACCGGAAUGAAAUAAAAAAUGGGGCAAUCCUUCGGUUGGCAGCAUCUCCGACUCAAACAGCACAGGGGCUGCACGAGAGGAUUCAGUCUUCCAGCAUGGAUGCCAAGUUAGAAGCGCUGAAAGAUUUGGCUAAUCAUUCCCGCGACAUUACCUUUGCUCAGGAGUUCAUUAACCUCGAUGGCAUCUCCCUCCUAACACAGAUGGUGGAAAGUGGAUCUGAACGUUAUCAGAAACUGCAGAAGAUUAUGAAGCCAUGUUUUGGAGAUAUGCUGUCAUUCACAUUGACUGCGUUUGUUGAGCUCAUGGACCAUGGAAUUGUUUCCUGGGAUACGUUCUCUGUGGCUUUCAUCAAAAAGAUAGCAAGUUACGUGAACAAAUCUGCAACAGAUGUAUCUGUGUUACAACGGUCACUAGCAAUCUUGGAGUCAAUGGUAUUGAACAGUUAUGAUCUCUACCAGAAGGUGGCACAAGAGAUCACUAUUGGCCAGCUAAUGCCACAUCUACAAGGGUCGGAUGCUGACAUUCAGACUUACACGAUUGCUGUGAUAAAUGCACUCUUCCUUAAAGCCCCUGACGACAAGAGACAGCUUGAUCUGGAGGGUAAUGUUGGUGCCUUCAGUUGUUCUCAGACUGAAAUUGCAAAUAUCUUGGCCCAGAAACAGCUGCGAUCUAUUAUUUUAACUCACGUCAUUCGUGGAACCCGGACCAUUCAGACUGAAAUGGCCCACCAGCUGUAUGUUCUUCAAGUACUCACUUUUAACCUUCUGGAGGACCGGAUGAUGACUAAGAUGGAUCCGCAGGAUCAGUCACAAAGGGAUAUCAUAUUCGAGCUGCGCAGGAUUGCUUUUGAUGCUGAUUUGGAACCUACUAAUAGUGGCAGUAUUGAGAAGCGAAAGUCCAUGUACACCAGAGAUUAUAAAAAGCUGGGCUUCAUUAAUCAUGUAAAUCCGGCCAUGGAUUUUACUGAGACUCCGCCUGGGAUGCUGGCCCUUGACAAUAUGCUGUACUUUGCGAAGCACCAUCAAGAUGCUUACAUUCGGAUUGUACUGGAGAAUAGCAGUCGAGAAGACAAGCAUGAGUGCCCAUUUGGUCGUAGUAGCAUUGAGCUCACCAAGAUGCUGUGUGAAAUCCUUAAAGUGGGAGAACUUCCCAGCGAGACCUGCAAUGAAUUUCACCCCAUGUUUUUUACCCACGACCGAUCGUUUGAGGAGUUUUUCUGCAUCUGUAUCCAACUGUUAAAUAAGACUUGGAAGGAAAUGAGAGCAACGUCUGAGGACUUCAACAAGGUGAUGCAAGUUGUAAAGGAGCAGAUCACAAGAGCACUGACUACCAAGCCUAACUCACUGGAUCAGUUCAAGAGCAAGUUGCAGAACCUGAGUUAUACUGAGAUCCUGAAAAUCCGGCAAUCCGAGAGGAUGAACCAGGAAGACUUCCAGUCUCGUCCAAUCCUUGAACUCCGAGAGAAGAUUCAGCCUGAAAUCCUGGAACUGGUCAAACAGCAGCGGCUAAACCGGCUUUGUGAAGGAACCUGUUUCAGGAAGAUCAGUAGCCGACGGAGACAAGACAAAUUCUGGUAUUGCCGCCUUUCGCCAAACCACAAAGUCCUGCACUAUGGAGAUCAGGAGGAGAGCCCUCAGGGAGAGGUGCCACAUGAAUCUUUGCAGGAUAAGUUACCGGUGGCCGAUAUCAAAGCUAUUGUGACCGGAAAGGAUUGUCCGCACAUGAAAGAAAAGGGUGCCCUUAAGCAAAAUAAGGAAGUCUUAGAACUUGCCUUCUCUAUUCUGUAUGACCCAGAUGAUGCCUUGAAUUUCAUUGCUCCUGACAAGCAUGAAUACUGUGUGUGGACGGAUGGACUGAAUGCUCUUCUUGGGAAGGAGAUGAUGAGCGAGCUGACCAAGAAUGACCUCGACACACUCCUCAGCAUGGAGAUGAAGCUUCGCCUUCUUGACCUGGAGAAUAUCAAAAUUCCAGAAGCUCCGCCUCCUAUCCCCAAGGAGCCAAGCAACUACGACUUUGUUUAUGACUGUAACUGAACAGGCUCACAGCUGUGAGAAUAAACUGGAACUAGCAGUGACUGGAGCUGUCCUCUUCCCCAAUUGCUCUCUCUGUUACCAGUAUACCUUCCUGUUACCUUCUGGCUUCUGCUAACCUUUAACUAGACCAGGUUGUUUUCUGAUUUCUUGGGCAUUAUUUGGUGGAAGAAAACCCUUUGUGCUUCUGUGCCACUGAAAGCAGUGUCUUAGCUACAGUGUUACCUUCACUGGGAGUUGGACCAUUUCUCAGACAAUCUCAUGACUUGUUACAAAUUGCAUUUUUGCUGAAUGUUUGGUUCUGGUAGGACUUCAUCAGAAUGGUGAAUAGGAUCAGGAGUAUAAUGAGAGAUUUCAGAUCAUGCAUCAAUGUGUUUGUAUGUGUAUAAACCCUUGUGCAUGUGUUUAAAAAAAACAUGGAAAAUCAGCCUGUGUUCAUUCAGGAAGCUAGAAAUCAGUUUGAUCUAGGGCUAUUAAUAUCUCAACUUGCAUUCCCUUUAUGGUCUGUCCUUUCAGCCACAUGUUUUGCUUGAUAGAUAAAAUGUAUAUUAUGAUGCCGGUAAUGUCAGAGCUUAUUAAUGUGUAUCAUACUUAGAAGGAAAGAGUAAAUUUUUGUAUCAGUCUAAACAUAUGGUCAUGGCUUUGGCUCUAUGUACAGUAAGAUACCAAUUCUGUAUUACAUGGUGACAAUUUGUGAAAUAUGCCAAGCAAGCAGUAUUAUGUCAAUGUUGUGUCAUUAUGAUGUUAAUUUACCAGGAAACAUUUUAUAUAUGUAAAAAAAAAGUUCUACCAUCUUUGGCUCCUUACGUAUAUAUUUAAUGGAAAAUGCACAUCCGUGUGUUGUUGAAGUGUACCUUUACAACAUUGAAAUAUCUUAAGUAAAUGUCCUUGAAAUUAUGAAGUUUACAAUAAAAUAAGAUUUAUUGCCAGAA